CAUUUUGCAUUAUCCGUUAGGAUUGUAAUAGCGUGGCUUUAUUUUGCUUUAGUUUAAUCGUAUAUAUUUGGAUAUUAUGGAUUGGUCGCUCAUCAUAUCGAUCCUGAUCAACUGUCUAUAUGUUUCUGCACUCGAGGAGGACUGUCCAACGUUGGCAGAUGGAGACAGUUUGUCGCAAACCCAAUUACUGGACAGACUGACCCACGGCUGUCGAUAUGACCGACUGGAACGGCCCAUAACUUAUUCGGAAACCGGACAACGACUUCCCGUGGACGUCUAUAUGCGUGCCUACAUAUAUUUCAUGCAGAAUCUGGAGGCCCACGACCUGCAGUUCAAGAUAUACGCCCUGCUCCAGAUGCGCUAUCUCGAUCCGCGUCUGAAUUUCCGGAACGUAAGUCCCAAAAGGAGACAGCCCAUUUUGGGGGAACAGCACAUGAGGGACUCCCUAUGGAUGCCCCACAUUUUCCUGGCCAACGAGAGGGAUUCCAGCAUAUUGGGUCUCACGGAGAAGGACAUCCUCACCUCGAUUUCCCCCGACGGCACGGUGAUCGUCUCGAACAGGAUUAAGGCCACACUUUACUGCUGGCUCAACCUGAAGAAAUUCCCCUUCGACGAACAGCACUGCUCGACGAUCCUGGAGAGCUGGAUGUACAACACCUCGGAGCUGGUGCUCCACUGGGAGCAGAAGCGGCCAAUCACCUACGAUGGCGCCCUGCAUCUCACCGAGUUCGUACUGCAGCGAUCCUGGUCCAACGAGACGGUCAUCAACGCCGAUUUGAGUGACCUGCGGCACGGAGCCUUUGCCGGGAACUACAGCUCCCUCAGCUUCACCGUCCAUCUGACCCGCGUGGUGGGCUUUUACCUGAUGGACUACUUCCUUCCCUCCAUGCUCAUCGUGGCCAUAUCGUGGGUUUCCUUUUGGCUGCAGGCGGACCAGGCGCCACCGAGGAUCACGCUGGGCACGAGCACCCUGCUGACCUUCAUAACCCUCGCCUCGGCGCAGGGCAAGACCCUGCCGAAGGUCAGCUACAUCAAGGUGUCGGAGGUGUGGUUCCUCGGCUGCACCAUCUUCAUAUUCGGCAGCAUGGUGGAGUUCGCCUUCGUCAACACCAUUUGGCGGCGCAAGAACAGUGUGCCGGUCAAGAAACUGAACAGCAAACACAUUCUGAAGUCCACCCUAUCGCCGAAUCUGAUGAGACGACGUAGUCACGCGCGGUCCAGAUCGUUUUCGGGAACUGCCCUACAAAAAUCCACAGAUACUAGCUCGCUGGCCGGUGCCGGAUUCAACAAUUACCUUACUGUCAAUCUGCCCAUCACCACGAUUAAGGAGGGCCAAGUUCUGGACCAACAGAGGACCAGGGGAAUCCAGAAACUGGAUGUCAACUUCGUGGAGAGUGCCUUUGGCACCAGACCAGAAUCCGGAUCCAUGGGAGCAGCCCAGUCUAGUGGGGCCAUCAGCUCGGCAGCCAGCUCGCAGACUUUGAACAACAAUAAACCGGAUGGCGGAGGUGGAUGCGGGAGCCACCAGGAGGAGAUCGACCUGAGUGGCUGGACCACUCUGACCCCCCAGGAAAUCGCCAUGUGGAUCGACAGCCGGGCGAGAUUCGUUUUUCCGCUUGCCUUCCUCGUCUUCAACUUGUUCUUUUGGACAUUUGUCUACUGUAUUUAAUGGAAAGGGUUCUUAUAUUCAGUUUAUUAUUUUGAAUUUAUUUGAAUCGAAAACUUAUUUUUUUUAUUUAUGUAUUCACUGAACCCAAAUCUCACUUUGUAAAUGGAAUUGCAACUUAUCAAUUUAAGAAGUGAAAAAUAUGUAUUUGUAGCAACAGUUAACUUUUAAUGGUUAAAUAAUGUCAACGUUUUGUAUUUAUGUUUCUUUGCAGUUUUUCUAUUUAAUUUUAAAUUGAAAAAAUGGUGUCUAAAAAUAUGUUGUUUUUAAUAUUUUGUUAAAUAAAGAUGAGUAUGUAGUUUUAGUGUAUUUAGUGCCUUAUAAAGAUGGCUUAAAAAUGUAAUUCUUUGUAAUUCAUGGAACAACUAUUAACUUAAAUAAAAAUCAACCGUAACUACUUGUGCUUUUCCGAAAA